GGGAUGCGACGGGGGUAGCUCACGUAGCGGAUCGCGAAUGGGGUAUAGAGGGUGUAAAACGGGGCGCCCCGUGACUAGUUGCCGCGGAGUCCGCUGCGCGAAAGACUGGCGCGUGGCGAUGCAGUAAGGAUCGCGUCGGUUCGACUCGGCACCACGACAGUCGGUAUCGAGGACAGAGUCGCCUCCGUGGUACCCCGAAGACGCAUCGCCGAGGGAGAAGGAGCACCCCGAGGAAGAAAGUAAAAAUUACCGCGGGAGUAAAAAAAGGUGGAAGGCUCUUGGACGAGCGAAAGCCGCGCGUGAGCGAAGGCCUCGGCCUGGCGUUUACCAACGAGCGACCCUUUGUGCCGGCCGCGUCGCUUCGAGGGAGAGACGUCGGGACGCCGAGGAGGGAAAAGAGCGAAGGAGGGUUGAACGAGAAAGCGAGGGAGUGGUGGUAGGUGGGAGAAGAGAGACGGCGAAGGAGGACACAGCGUUCGAGAGAGAGAGAGAGAGAGAGCCUCUAAGGGAGGAUCGGAGCAAGAGGGACGAGGAGAACGGAUCGUUCGCGCGCGCGCGCGCGAUUGGUCGCGUCCGAGCGUAUUCGUGUGUAUGCUCGCGCGCGCGCGCGUGUGUAUGUGUGUGUGCGGUGUGUGCGUGUGUAGGAGCGUGCAGCGGUGAGAGCCGACGAAAGAACAAAGGGAGCGGAGAAGAAGGAUCCGCCGGUCCCUCGCUUUCAGGCAGGCCGAGGGAGAACGGCGACGAGCGGCAACGCGAAGCGGCAUCCCCCUGCACCGGAUCGCAAGGAGAGUAGCCCCGCGUCAACACGGGCGACGCGGCGGUCGGACACGAACGCGUCGACGGGCCUGUCCCCGAGGAAGGGACCGUCGCGCGCAACGCGAUCAAUUUUCGUUGCGGCGCGCGGGCGGCUAGUAGGACCGUAGGACGGACGCGAGACGAAAUGACGAGACAACCGAGGUACCGAUAACCGGCCGGAUAAUGUUGUCGCAGAGCAAGUUUUACGCUCUCUUUAUCCACUACACUUUCGUGUAGCGCGACACGGGGCGGGUCCUUGCCGCUGCGGUGAAGAAUAGCGAAGGAGGAGGCGUAGGAGGAGAAGAAGGAGGAAGAGGAUAAUAGCGAAGGAGACUAGAGAAAGAAGGAAGGAAGGAAGGGAAGAGACAGGAAAAGAUCGCUCGAACGCGAAGAGCGCCUCGUACAACCGCGUAGCUGCCAUCGACGUUGCGAGCAGGAAAAGAAGCGGGAUUCCAAGUGGAAGAAACAGACACGGGGCCGGCACACCACGUUCGUUACGUGCCGUGUACGCAUGCAGGGGAAAGGACCAUCGCGCGACGCGAAAUCCGACUGAGUAUCGCUGCCACGUCGUCGGUCGUUCUUCUUCCGCAUCGUCCAUGUGAAAAAAGAGUGUAUCCAAGUGUGUUGUCGCACGGUGCUCGGUUGUGCUACCCUUAUCUCGACGCUGAACGAGCAAGGCCCGCGGAGGUACCCCAGAACCCGCCCCCCUUCUCCCCUCGACGUCGCAGUGCCUCUCUUCUCUCCAUAUCGCUACGUCACGCUUCUCGUUUACGUUCGCAGCGGUGACCAUCUACGUUGGAGAGUGUUCGACCUCCUCAACCAAAAUAAAAAAAUCGACCGACUCGAAGACUAGACUAUGUUAUUUCGGAUAACGGAUUGAUCGCACCCGUCGCUUCAUUCACACGUCGGACAUGAAAAAUCUUGGUUCGCGUUGGACGGUCCCCGACAUAGCACGCACUGCCGCAGCGCGUUCGUCAUUUCUCGUCGCCAUUACGUUGGAACGAGAUUCAGGUAGCAGCAGCAGCCUCAACAAGAGCAGCUUGAACCGCAACAGAAACAAAGUUAGAAGUAGCGGUAGCAUUGACAGUAACGGCAGCAACAGCAGCAGCAGCAGCAGUAUUCGCUUGACGGCGAUCGACCAGAAGAGGGAGAGCAAGAGCAACGGCGGAUCGGCAAUCGACGUGCUGCACGGAGCGCAUUUAUCCGUCCGAGCGUACGUAACGACGCCGUGUGACCGCAUCAUCGGCACGACGCGUUCCGAAUCGACGACGCCCAGAAACCGGCCGCUGGUAGCCGGCAAGUCGAGCCACCCUCAGCACCGGACCCGUCGUCCCCGUCAGCCGCAGCAGCAACUCUACUACCCCCCCGCAUCGUGGGACACGCGCACAUCACACUUCAGGAACUGUUAGCACCGAUCAAAAGAAGGUGGCUCAGCUGUGCGCAGCCUAGACAAUGUCCGAAGAUUCUGACUCUAUAUCAGAGGAAGAAAGAAGUUUGUUCCGUCCGUUCACGCGGGAGUCCCUGGCAGCGAUAGAGGCUCGCAUCGCCGAGGAAGAGGCCAGGCAGAAAGAGCUUCAGCAGAGAAGAGCCGAAG